AUUCAAUAAUAUACUAUUUGGGAGUGUAAAAUGCCUACACAUCCAAUAAUUAUAGUACUCCCGGUUUUUUGUGCAGUGCACGGUGUUCAGUUGUAGCGUGCAACUACAACUCCAUGGAAUCCCAACCUCCGGCCACCGCUAGGAAUCCCACUGAACCCUCACAAUCUCAACCACAACAACAACAACAACAACAACAACCAUCCUCUCUCCCUCCAUCUUCCUCAUCAAUCCCUCCCAUCUUAGCAUCACCCCAUCCUUCCCCAAUCCCAAACCCUAACCCUAACCCUAACCCAAUCCAAAAUCCAAACCUCAAACCCUCCACUCCAGUUCCUCCACAACCACGUCCUCCUCCUUCAUUCACCAGAAACCCACCGCCGACACAGUCUCAUUUUUCACACUUCUCGUCGAUCCCGUCUUCCGCUACUCCCUCACCGCCGUCAUCUUUUCCGCCCGCUCCUUCGUCGUCGAUUUCCUCAGCUUCCGCGCCAAGGGGAGGCAUGGCAAUUGGUGUACCCGCGCACCACCAGAACCCUUCCCCUCCGUUUUCUUCUUCAUUUAGUCAGCACUUUGGUGGAUUGGCUCGAUCUGAUUCUACUUCCAAUUCCAACACUUCUCAGGUGAGAGCGCCGAUGCAAGGAAUGGGAAUGUUAGGAUCUUUGGGUUCGAGUUCUCAAAUGAGGCCAAGUGGAAUGCCUUCACAUACACAGAGACCUGCUCAAUCGUCUCUUAGACCGCCACCCUCUGUCCAAAAUAAUCAACCGGCUGGUUCACAACAAAGCUUCCAAGGGCAUGGAAUUUUGAGACCGUCGUCUGUGGGAUCACCUGCAAAUCCGUCUCCAAGUGCAUCACAAAGUAUGCAGACAAUUAAUCAGCCAUGGUUGUCAUCUGGGCCGCCAGGAAAGCCUCCUUUGCCAUCCCAGGCCUAUAGGCAGCAAUUGAACCCACAAUCCUUGCAGCAAAGGACUCAUGUUUCUCAGCAGCUCCAACCUGUGCCAACAGUUUCACAGCAGCAGCAACCCGUGCCAACAGCUUCACAGCAGCAGCAACCUUUGCCUUCUAAUCAAUCCCAGGAGCAUUUUGGGCAACAAGUUCCGUCUUCAAGGGCUGUACAUGUGCCUCACCAGCCACAGGUUACGAGGCUACAGGGGCCAGGAAAUCAGAAACCUUCAUCUCUUGUGGCUGCACAAUCUAGUGCUGUUCAACCAGCGAGUCAAAGUAGAUUGCCCAUUGCAGAUACAGAGGAAUCGGGUAAGAGUGUUCUCAGCAAAAGAAGCAUCCAUGAGCUAGUCAAUCAGGUUGAUCCGUUGGAGAAGUUGGAUCCUGAAGUUGCAGACGUUCUUGGUGAUAUUGCAGAAAAUUUUCUGGAUUCUAUAAUUAGGUCUGGAUGCUCACUAGCUAAGCAUCGGAAAUCCACAACUUUGGAAGCCAAGGACGUACUUUUACAUCUUGAGAAAAAUUGGAAUAUGACCCUUCCUGGAUUUGGUGGUGAAGAGAUUAAAAACUACAGAAAACCGGUUCCAAGUGAUAUUCACAAGGAGCGCCUAGCGGCUAUAAAGAAAUCAAUGGUAGCAACUGAGGUUGCACAUAGUAAGGGCACUGCUGGCCAGGCUUCUGGUAGUGCAAAGGGUGGUCAGGCAAAGACACCUUUCAAUGUCAUUGGCUCUCCCAACCUUAAAAGUUCAUAAGAUGCAUGGCUGUAUCUGUGCUUUAUACAUGAAUGGAGUAACUGCUUUGGCAAAGGACUAUCUGGAUUUUUCAGGCUGUUUCUGAGCAUUCGAUGUAGCAGAACAUGAGAAAUAAUCAAUUUUGAAGCACUGCAGAAAACCAGAUAAGGUUGAAAAUUGAAAUGACAUUCCAAUGAAAAGGGGAAAAAGAAAGCUUUGGCUUCUAUUUUAUGGAAUUGAUAAUUGUAUGAAAGUCACUGAUAGAGCAGGCUGGGUCCUUUUGUAAUUAACCUUCUAAUUUUGAUUUAAACAUUAUCCUGAAAUAUCUAUAUGCAUUUCCUUUUACUGUAAAUUAAGCAUUCUGAGUUUCAACAUCUUCAGCAGGCCCUUAGCAAUAUGUGUCCUACAGUUUCAUGGAAUCAGAUAUUUCGUGGUGAUGUUUAACAUUGGGGCAAGGUUUUGACCAACUUUGUAGGGUAUUUGUUCUUAUUUCAUCAGGAAUUUACAUAAAGGCAUUUUAUUGUGUUGAUUAUGAA